CGGCCGGUCAAGAUGAGGACACCGACGUUACUUGUAGCGGGCCUUCUGCUGCUGGCCUCCUGCUGCUACGACAAGGCUCAGACGGAAAACGCUACGGAAGAAACUCCCAAAGGUGCCCAGGAGGAAGUGGAAGAGCCGCCCAAGAAGGAGAAAACCAACGAGAUCGAGGAAGAGAACAAUGUGAUGGUGCUUCACGUCAACAACUUUGCCUGGGCGCUUAACCAAACCAAGUUUUUAUUGGUGGAAUUCUAUGCCCCAUGGUGUGGCCACUGCCAGCGUUUGGAGCCCAUCUAUGCUGAGGCUGCCGGAAAGCUGAAGGAGGACGUGUCCUCCAUUGGCUUGGCCAAAGUAGACGCUAUCGAAGAGAAAGAGCUCGGCGAGGAGUUUGGCAUUUCCAGCUUCCCCGUCCUCAAGCUUUUUGUUCACGGCGACCGAAAGCAACCUGUCGACUUCACUGGCAAGAGGACGGUCGCAGGAAUCAUCCAGUGGCUGAAACGUCGAACUGGUCCUGGUGCGCAAGUCCUAGACACCGUUGACUCUGCCGCCCAGUUUGUUGAUGCCCACAACAUUUCUGUGGUUGGAUUUUUUAAGAGUCUGGAAAGUGACGUGGCUAAGGAGUUCUCUGAGUUAGUCAUGGAUAUGACCGAUACAGAGUUCGGAAUUACAGCAUCUCCAGAGGUUUUCCAGAAGUAUGAAUUAAAAUCUGACACAGUGGUGCUCUUCAAAAAGUUCGACAAUGGCAGGGAUGACUUUGCCCUGUCUGAUGGUAAACUGGACAAAAGCAAUCUGACCAACUUCAUUCAAGAAAACAGCUUGGAGCUCAUCAUCCCCUUCACUAAGGAGACAGGAGAUAAGAUCUUCAGUUCCAGCAUUCGACUACACUGCCUGCUCUUCAUCAACUCUACAGUGGAGGGCCACAACGCACUGGUGGACAAAGUCAGGAUUAUCGCGAAGAGCUACAAGGGGAAGAUGCUGUUCAUUACAAUCGACGUUUCUGCCGAACUGUCGUUUGUGCUUGACUUUUUUGGCGUCUCGGCAGCUGAAGCGCCCACGGCUCGCAUCAUGAACAUGGGUACUGGGAAGAAAUUCAAAGUAGACUCGUCAGAUCUCUUGAGCGGCCUACCGUCAUUAUGUCAGGAAGUUUUGGAUGGUACUGCCAAGCCUUAUUAUCGCAGUCAAGACGUGCCUGAGGACUGGAAUAAGGAACCCGUGAAGGUCCUGGUUGGGAAGAAUUUUGAGUCUGUUGCUCUGGAUCCAACCAAGAAUGUUUUUGUUGAAUUUUAUGCCCCGUGGUGUGGCCAUUGCAAAGAGCUGGCUCCUAUCUGGGACCAGCUGGGCGAGAAGUACGCCAAACAUGAUGACAUCAUCAUCGCCAAGAUGGAUUCCACCGCCAACGAGCUGGAGAACAUUAGCAUCAGUGGAUUCCCCACGCUUAAAUAUUUCCCAGCUGGUGGAAAGGAGGUGGUAGAUUACACUGGAAACCGGGAUUUGGAGACGCUAUCCAAGUUUUUGGACAGUGGAGGAGUUUUACCUGUGGAAAAUGAUGAUGUUGAUGAAGAUGAUAAUGAUGAAGCUGACGCGGGCGAUUCCUCAGAGAAAUCUGACAACACGACGUCUCAUAAAGAUGAGCUUUGA